GGCAGAUCGCGUGCGGGGUCGUUCUGGAAGGAGCUGUAGCAACACUACCUACUCUAAAAACGGAUACUUUUGAAGACACCGAGUUGUACUUAUUUUUGUAUAUCUAUAUCCCAUAUUGUGGGUAACGAGUAACUGGCAACAUGGCAGAAAGUGACUGGGACACCGUGACAGUCUUGAGGAAGAAGGGGCCGUCUGCUUCUCAGGCCAAAUCCAAGCAGGCAAUCGCCUCUGCGCAGAGACGUGGGGACGACAUUGAGACAUCCAAAAAAUGGUCUGCCGGGCAGAACAAACAGCAUCUGGUCACAAAGAACACAUCCAAGCUGGACCGCGAGACAGAGGAGCUGCACCAUGACAGGGUUCCCCAUGAGGUGGGGAAGUACAUCCAGCAAGGCAGACAGGAUAAAGACAUGACCCAGAAAGACCUGGCCACUAAAAUUAAUGAGAAGCCUCAGGUCAUUGCAGACUACGAGUGUGGGAAAGCGAUUCCCAACAACCAGGUCAUGGGCAAGAUAGAGAGAGUGCUCGGGCUGAAACUGCGUGGGAAGGAUAUUGGCCUACCCCUGGAGGCAAAACCCAAGAAGAAAUGAAAGCAAAGCCUCGAAAUCAGCCCUCCCAAGUCCCACCUUUCCCUGUUUCUGAAACAUGAACCCUUUCCCAACCCCCUCCUUCCAAGACCCCUCAACACCUCUCCUCCCUCCCUCCCUCCCUCCCUCCCUCCACCUGGGCUGAUCCCACCGGCGUCCUGCCUGAGGAGCCGGUGCUCCGCUGCAUACAAGCCGCAUACUGAAACUGUUUCUUAACCACAUUAUCAAAUGAAUGAUUAAACGUCACAAACUUGAAGUUCUGUGAAUCUUCUUAUCACCUAUGUCUGCUUUGGCAUGAUCAAUUUAACUUUUUGAUAGUAAUGUAAACUACUAUCGAAUUAUUUUUCAUGGCCAAACAAACUUAGUUUGACUCAUGUUAGUUCUGAGCAUGAUGUGAAGCCAAAGGUGCUCGACUGCAUCUCUUUCACACGCUUGAGACGGCGGGUGGAUGUCAUUACAGUGUUGACAUGUUUUUAAUACUGUUCUUUGUUUUGAUGUAAAAAAAUAAAUAAAGUUUAGCAGGUCA